CUGAAUCUCUCUGAUUUUAUACCGUUGUGUGUUAUAUGAUGUGGUUCUUAGAGUUUGAUAACAUAACCUGUUUCAGUCAUGUUGACAGGUCGCAUCGUUCUCUGCUUGGCAGUUUUAUGUUUUUGGGAAACGUCUGCGAAAAAAUUCGAUAGCAAGGAUAAGCCAAAAUGGGCACAGAAAGACAUACGUGAUUAUAAUGACGCUGAUCUCGAAAGGCUAUUUGAGCAGUGGGAAGAAGAUGAAGAACCUUUACCUGAGGACGAACUACCAGAGUAUCUGCGACCACCACCGCCCAUUGAUUUUAGCAAGAUUGAUACUAGUGAUCCGGAGAACUUGCUAAAGGUGUCAAAGAAGGGAAAGACUCUCAUGUCCUUCGUGAGUGUCGACGGAAAUCCCACUCGAGAGGAAACUGAGGAGCUGACGAAGCUGUGGCAGACAGGGCUGUGGAACAGCCACAUUCAGGCUGAGAGGUAUAUCGUGGAUGAUGACAGAGCAAUCUUCAUGUUCAAAGACGGAUCUCAAGCGUGGGAUGCAAAGGAAUUUCUAACAGAUCAAGAACGUUGUAAAUCAGUUGUAAUUGAGAGUAAGACUUACUAUGGAAAGCAUUCAGCUGAGGGGAAAGCAGAAGCAGACAAGGAGAGUAAAAAAAAAUCAUCAGAUGAAUUAUAAAUGCCCUAGCAGCAAGUGGAUGAAAGUUUGUCGAGAUAUUGGAGCAGUGAACAUAGAUCUUCAGAAACUCAGAACUCCAAGUUUAUUUUUUUCUUUUUUAUAUUAGUUUCUAUGAUUCCUCACUGUAUUGUGUAUUAAGCUUGGAAUCUAACCAAAGAUAGGACAUAAUUUAAGUUUGUACUUUUGAAUCUUUUUACAGAGUAAUUUGAAUAUUGUGACAGCUGUUUAAAAGCUGAAUGGACACACAUUCCACAGUUCUCAAGAGUUUGUGUAGCUCAAGAUGUGGGAUACAGAGACCACAGCAAUUGAAAGCUACUCAGAGAAUCUCUUAUUUUAUGGUUAAGUAAGCAAAAGUGUAAGGGGUUUGGCUUAUAUGUAUUUUGUUAUUGUACAUUUUGUGUCACAUAAAAUUUCAUUAAUAGUAAAUAAAUAGUGAAUCAUUUUGUUAAGAGAUGCAAAAAGCUGAUAAUCUAUCUGGAAUCUGCAUGUAAAUUGGCAUAUUGGCAGGUGACAAAGAUUUAAAAAGGAAUAGAUUUUUACUUUUUCAAAAUGGCAAAUGCUAUUCUUGAAAAUUCUUUUAUUACACCACUGCCUAAAAUAUUGGCAAUCACAAAUGCAGAUAACCAACAAUUUUGUCUUUUACUGUUGCUUUUGUGAAGGAAAUAAUAAACAUUUGCAAAAUGGAA